CUUGGGAUCGCCUUCGAUCGCCCCCAUGACAACGACCAAGACCCUCACGAUGCUGCGGUUCUCCGGCUGCAGUCUGCUGCUGCUCCUCCUCCUCUCCCCGCCUCUGGCCGGCGCCUCGCUGGCCGAGAUGGUGUUCCGCUGCCCGGGCUGCACCGCGGAGCGCCAGGCGCAGUGCCCGCGGCUCGCCGAGACGUGCGCGGAGAUGGUGCGCGAGCCGGGCUGCGGGUGCUGCCCGGCGUGCGCCCGGCAGGAGGGCGAGACGUGCGGCGUGUACACCCCGAGGUGCUCCACCGGUCUGCGGUGCUACCCGACGCCCGACUCGGAGCUGCCCCUGGAGCAGCUGGUGCGGGGCCAGGGCCGGUGUCGGCGCAGAGUGGAGCCCGAGACGGCCACCUCCAGCCAGGAGCAGCGGGAGCAAAGCAGCGGCGAGGCUGUGGAGCUGCAGCCCGAACUGGAUGUGAGCGAGAUCCCCACCAUCCGAAGGCCCACCAAAGAGACCACCUGGCUGGGACCCAAAGAGAGCGCUGUGCGCCAACACAGACAGGAAAUGAAGACCAAGAUGAAGACCAACAAGGUGGAAGAGGUGAGACCUACUCGGCCCAAACAGACGCAGUGUCAGCAGGAGCUUGACCAGGUCCUCGAGAGGAUAUCCAAGAUGCCCUUCAGAGAUAACCGAGGUCCCCUGGAAGACCUCUAUGCGUUGCACAUCCCCAACUGCGACAAGAGAGGGCAGUAUAACCUAAAACAGUGCAAGAUGUCUCUCCACGGUCAGAGGGGCGAGUGCUGGUGUGUGGACCCCCACACUGGCCGACGCAUCCCAUCAGCCCCGACCGUGAGGGGUGACCCCAACUGCAGCCAAUACCUUACAGAGCUGGAGCUGGUGCUGCCCGACACUGCCCAGAUUUAACGUGGCAUGAAAUGAUUGAAAACAAAGAAAAAACUUGGGAACAAUAAAAACAAAGAAAAAAAACAACAACAACUGAGUAAGCUAUAAGCUAUUUCUUUCUGUGUGUUUGUGUCUCUAGUUCAUCGGAUGACGUUGGGAUUUGAAAUCUUAACCACCAUGAAGGGUUAAAUGAUAGAAUCCAAGUUGUUGCAUAAGAUUUAACUUCAGACUAGAGUAAAGAGUAGACUCCUUUAACACAGGUAUUCAGUUGGAGCGUCUGUAACACUGCUUUUACUAAUGGUGACUGUCAGAGUGCUUUGUUAUCUGUGUUUUGUACUGUUGUGUGGCUAAAAAAAAAAAAAGAGAGAAAACCUUCAGUGUGUUGGGUGUUUUUAGGUGUGUUUUCGUGCUUCAGCUUGCAGACUACUGUUGCACCUCCCGCUAGUCUUUUGAGUUCAGCCUGGCUUUAAAUGCAGAGUAUCGACUAGUAGUUAAUGUUCAGCAGGACAUGAUAAAGAGCUAAUGCAAAUAAAAGAAAAAACAUGUUCAA